AUGUCGGCCGAAGGUGUCCAGAGUUCUCUGACCACUAUGAGUCCCUCAUCAGAAAACACUAUGCAUAGCUAUAUCGUGGCAAUGGAUAGCUCCACCUUGAUCAGUGGCCGCAUACACGAUUCCCAUGACGAAAACAACGGAAAUUUCUUCAUUCCACACAGAAAACUUGCAGAAGUGCGAUAUGCUUUUAGUGAAGAGCAGAUUGAUCUUGCUGUGAACUUUGAGGACAGUCCGAGGCGAAGCCCGGUAGGAGGACGCCCAGACGACUUCAAGGAAGACCUCAGGGACAACUUCAUCAUUCUGGAGAUGUCAGCAGACGGGUCUUCAGUCAAAAAUUUGACUUCAAUGAGCAGCAAUUGGCAAGUUCAUGAGAUUGACAUUGAUGAGUGGCAAUUUGAACAAACUGACUCAUCUCCAUCUGCAAUUAUCAGGCCUGCUCGUGCCAUACUGCUCAAAGGCAGCGGAGCUGAAAUGGUGGUGGAGAACAGCGAGGAGAACGAUCUUGUCCCCAAGGCGGACAUUGAAUAUGCAGAAAAGCUGUCUGAUCUGUUUACGGUUCGAAGCCGACAACUUACGAGUUUGGUGAGAGAUUCCUAUUCGUAA